GCGGAGGGCGAGGGGCCGGCGGCGGCGGCGGAGGGCGCGGGCGUGGCGGCCGGGUGCCGCGUGGCGGCGGACGGCGCCGUCAACUGUUCCUCGGCCGUGUACCGCAACCCGCGCGUGUGGCGCCACCGCAACCGAGAGGUGCAGGAGGAGAUCCGCCGCCUCAAGAUGCAGCUGCUCGCCUUCGAGACGCGACCCGCCCACGCGUCCUACGACGCCAGCCUGGAGGAGGAGGACGACGAGGAAGACGAGGACGACGAAGAGGACGAGGAGGACGACGGUAGCGACGACGAGGAGGACGACGACGAUGGCAGCGAGGACGCGGACGACGACGAGGAGGACGAGACGACGGAGGCGGCCGGCGCCGGGGAGGAGGACGAGGACCGGCCGAGGCACGAGAACGCCACACGGCCCUCCGUCGCGGCGGGUCGCCGCCGCCGGCCGCCCACGGCGGGGCCGCUGCCGCUGCCGCUGCCAGGCCGCAACAUCGAAGAGGAGACCAACGACUACGAGCUGACGACGGACCGCGAGCGGCCGCGCGCGCCCGACCCGGACAUC